AUGAUUUUAAAAAUUGUUCGUCAAUUUAAAAAAAUGUUCACAGUUUCAUAAAAAAAAGUACGCUAAUUCAUUCACCAUGAAAACAACGUUCGUGAAUUUGAAUAUUGUUCGUGACUUCAAAAAUAUAUUCGUGAAUUCAAAAAAAUGUUCACCAAUUGGAAAAAUCGUUCUUGAGAUGAAAAGAGAAAAAAAGGGAAAAUAGAAAUAAGAAAACAAAAAAUACAAAAAGGAAAAUCUAAGAGGGGUAAAAUAAUGAAUGGGCCGGCCCAAAACCGGUAUGGUAAGGACCUGGAAUGGGCCGGCCCAUGCCGGGUUCUACCUUAAUUUUUUCCUUUUUUUUGUUAUUAUGAUAUUCCUUUUUAUUUCCUUUUUUAUGUUUUUAUGUUUAUUUGUGAAAUAUCCCUCCGUUUGUCCUUAGUACAUAUGGAAGGUGGUAUUGGCAGCGUCGACGAUAGGUAUAUUGCAGCAAUGCUACAGUUACAGACUUUCUUUUACGGAUUGGAGGCUACAGACAGAGGUGUCGUUAUCUAUUUGGGAAGGAGGACCUCACCCCAAAAUUCUGGGGGAAGGAGUGCAUUAUGAGUUGACAUGCACAUCCAUAAGAUUGAUUCUGUAAGAGUCAUCUGUAAGUAUAUCAUUUUCGGGUAUAUCGGGGAUCAACGAUAUUGUAGCAGUGAAAAAAAAUAGCAUGCUAUAGCGUUCUGAGCAAUGUCUCGCUAAAUGAAUAAGUGUACAAUGUCUUGCUAAUAACAGGCUAUAGCACGCUAAUAGCAUAUUUUAAGGGUCUUGCAAUUGUCUCAUAGCACGCUAUUUGUUUUUCAUUGUAUUGUAGACGUUAAACGUUAGGAAAUGUUUUUUGAGUGGUGGCGCUAUCUGUCUGAACAUUGGGCCAGGCUGGGAUUAACAUGAGGCACAGUCCAGCCUUCUCUCUUUGGCCCAUCUCCUCCCAAUCCGAAAGAAAAACGAGUUCACCGCAACCCCUCCGAUCUGGACCUGGAGUCGGCCACUCGGCCGCUACAUAGCCCACGCCGUACGUCGUCCGAUCUUCUCUCGCGCGCACGCACGCACGCGCGCGGCAUCAUAUACACGAGUACUCUCAUAUACACCGGCACCAACCGCCAUAGCGACCGACUCCGCAGACACAGACGACGAGCGCAGAGCAGAUGGCGGCGGAGGCGGCCAACAGGGAGGAGGCCGAGAGGGCGCUCCGGCGCGCGGAGGAGCACUUCCUCGCCGGCAACGUGGCGGGGGCGCGCCGGCUGGCCGCCAAGGCCCGGCGGAUCUCCCCGUCGCUCCCCGGCGCCGCGCACGCUCUCGCCGCCUACGACGUCCACGCCGCCGCGGCCGGGACCCAGCACCGCGCGGGCUACUGGCACGACGUCCUCGGCGUGGGCCGCUCCGCAUCCGCCUCCGCCGUGAAGAGGCAGUUCCGGCGCCUGUCCCUCCUCGUCCACCCCGACAAGAACCGCUCCGCCGCCGCCGAGGGCGCCUUCAAGCUGCUAGGCCAGGCCUGCGACGCCCUCUCCUCCGGCUCCGGCGCCGGCCACGUCCCCUACCACAGCAGCGCCGCCGCCACCGCGGCCUCCGCGCAGGAGUGGUACCGAUCGCACCACGCGGCGAAGCAGCCCACGCCGCCGAAGCCGUCCAAGCCGCCCGCGCCCGAGGCGCCGCCGCCGCCACCUGCCGCCGAUUCGGCGUCGCGCGCGAGGAGGUUCGUCCGCGUCCGCUGCGAGCGCUGCAGGGUGGCCAGGGAGGUCCCCGGCGGCGAGCUGGCGGGCGGGCAGGCCAAGUGCGUCCGUUGCCAGACCGUGCUGCGCGAGCAGGAGCAGAGGAGGACGUACGUGUGGACGUCGUCGGGGUCGUACCACCAGGUGCCCAGCGAGAACCCUCAUCCUCCGCCGCCGCCCACGAAGCCGCCGACGUUCCAGUGCCCCGCCCGGUGCCCGCAGUGCGAGACGCAGUUCACGUCCAUGGUGUCCGCCGGCACGUGGAACCUCCGGUGCCGGAACUGCCUGAAGCGCGCCAUGGUCAAGGUGAAAGGCCCCGAGGAGGCGACGUGUACGUGAAGCGGAACGACGACGUCUUCAGAGUUCAGAUCCAGAUUACCACUUCCGGUUACAAUAUCCAGGGAAGGAUGCAAUGUGGAGUAGCCUAAAAACCUUGCAGUAUAGAUGUAAACUUUUCUAUUUUUCGUUGACAACAUACAUGCCAAGAUAAUACAAUUGCUCGAUAUUAUGUA